GUAAAUCCAGUGCUAAAAAAAUAUUGUGCAAAGUAUGUUGUCGUUGUUGUUGUUCGCGAUUUUAGUUCCGCUUUUCAUUAUUUACUAUGUGAAACGUAAACGUAGAUACGAGGAGUUUUGGAAACAUGUUUUAGCUAUUCCUGGACCAAAAGCAGUGCCUAUCUUUGGGACGCACUAUAAAACUCAUACGCCAGAAUCGCUCUUUAAGACUGAAAGGGAAAACAGCAAUAACUAUGCUCCUAUCUACAGACUAUGGACUUUUGAUAUGUCAAUUAUUUGCUUGGUAAACCCAGAGGAUAUUGAGUUGGUAUUGAGUAAUCCAAAACACUCUACUAAAAGUUUUGUAUACAAAUUCCUUCACGAAUGGUUAGGUACAGGCCUUUUAACUGCUGAUGGAGAGAAAUGGUCCAAAAGAAGAAAGAUUAUAACACCAGCAUUCCAUUUUAGUAUACUACAAGAAUUUGUAGAACUUUUUAAUAACGAGACAGAAAGUCUCGUUAACAAUUUAAAUAAAUUGUGCCAUCAGGCGUACGUUGAUGUCGUACAGCCUCUAACGGAGUUUGCGUUAAAUUCUAUUGGAGAAACCUCCCUCGGUGUUCGACUUCGCGAUAAUCCACAAUGUAUGGAAUAUAAACAAGCCGUUUUGGAUUACGGAGAAUCAUUCGCACUCAGAAUAACCCGACCUUGGCUCUUUGUCCCUUUCCUUUAUAGACUUAGCUUUUUAUGGAAAAGAAAUCAGAAAAUUAUAAAUACCUUACACACAUUUUCCUCUAGUGUAGUGAAGAAGCGCGAGGCAGAUUUUAUUCCAAGUGGUUCUAAACAAAAGAGAAUGGCUUUCUUGGACAUUCUUUUGCAGCAAAAGCAUGAUGGCGCUGAUAUUGAUGCAGCUGGAAUUAGUGAAGAAUUGGAUACCUUUAUGUUUGCGGGACACGACACGACAUCUGUGUCUUUAUUUCACACUUUAAUGGCACUAGCAGAAGAACCUGCAAUACAGGAAGAACUGUUCGAAGAAAUGGUAUCAGUACUUGGCGAAUCACAACCCCCUACAUUUCAGGAUCUAAAAGAUAUGCCCUUCUUGGAUAGAUGUGUUAAAGAAAGCUUGCGACUCUAUCCAAGUGUGACGUUGAUAGGAAGAGUAGCAGGUGAAGAAAUACACACAAAAACAGGUUAUAUAAUUCCAAAGGGCUGCUUUAUACAUAUAAUGAUACACGAUUUACACAGAAGACCUGCACUUUACGAUGAACCCGACAAGUUUAAUCCAGAUAGGUUUCUUCCUGAGAACUGUAAAGAUAGGCAUCCUUAUGCCUAUAUUCCGUUUAGUGCUGGAAGCAGGAACUGUAUAGGUCAAAAGUUCGCUAUUCUGGAGAUCAAAGCGGCUCUGUGUGGAAUAUUAAGGCGGUUUAAACUUGAAGCAGUAACAACACAGAAGACUCUUGUCCACAAGCAAGAUUUAGUUCUAAGACCAGAAGCUGGGAUUAAUAUCAAGUUUAUACCUAGAAGAUAGUCAUUUAUCUUACUAAUUAUUAGCUGCCAUAGUAAGAUUAAUAAAUUGUGAUACUUUUUGUACAAAGUUUUAAAUUUUUUAUGCAUUCUAACCACUGCCUACUUUACUUAUUGUUUUAAAAUAAAAUCUUAUAAACAAGU